CAUGUGCAUCAUUUUUGCCGCCAUGUUCGAUCCCCAGGUUUGAUUGUCGGAUUGUUCCGAUCGAUCGGAGGUUGUGGGAGAGCAAAGAAAAGAGGCGGGAGAGAUGUUGUUCUUCUUUGUUCAGUCGGUGGUGUUUGAGCUGAAGAGUCUGUUCUACACGAGUUACUACACCUACUACAACCCAGCCGACUGCUUCCUAGACCCCUUCUUCAACUUCUUCGGACGCAUCAUAGGCGCACUCGGAUAUGCCUUUGUGCUGGUUGGAGUGAGCAUCCUCUCCUUCGAGAUAUGUCUGCACUAUGUCAUCUACCUCCCUCUCGUCCUCCGCACCCUGGAUCCCUUCCAGAUCCUGUUCCACAUCAUAGUCGGACACUGGAUUCUGGCCAAUGUCUCCUUCAACUACUUCAAGUGUUUGACCACGAAUCCAGGCUCACCGCCGAAUGACUCAAGGGCAGCCAAGCAGAUCAUUGGAGUGUGCAAACGAUGCAUAGGUCCGAAACCCCCUCGUGCCCACCACUGUUCUGUGUGUAAGAAGUGUGUGUUGAGGAUGGACCACCACUGUCCCUGGAUUAACAACUGUGUGGGCCACUUCAACCACAAAUUCUUCUUCUCCUUCCUCGUCUAUCUCAUCAUAGGUGCACUCUACCUCGUAGCCACUGCACACUUCUACUUUAACAUCCAGUUCCGAUUCACAAAGGCCCUUCGUAUCUUCCGUCGUCGGGAGCUGCUGUCACAUGACUGGUACCACUCGGCCAUCUCUCUCCACUUCGGGCUGGCCUUCAUCUCUCUCCUCCCAGUGGGGUUCCUGUUUCUCCAGCAGGCCAAACUGCUCUUCUUUGGGGAGACAGUAAUAGAACAGUACACUAACAUCAGAGAUAGACAGAGGUGCAAGGAACAGAAAAUCCAAUUUCGCAAUAUUUAUGACUACGGCUGGAGGAACAACAUUUUCCUAAUGUACGGGGUCACUCAGGCAGAAUAUGAGAAGGACUGGUCAUUCCUCAGGGUAUUUCUGCUCCCAAACAGUCGAAAUCCCAUCGGGGACGGACUCUCCUGGUUCCCUCCAGACUCUCCUCUGGCUAAACGGAGUUGCCCUCCAAAAAAUAGUAUUAUGUCACAACAUUCCAUAUCCAGGGUAUCUGAACAGAAUUCACAGAUGGCGCAAGUUGUUGUCAUGUAAAAUUUUCGCCCUUGUACCAAUUUGAGAAACAGGUGUCCUGAAUUUCCACAAUCGCGGGAGGAAGGUGUUCAAGUUGUUAGUGAGUAACUGUUUUUGUUUGUUUUUCUUUCUCUGCCCGUUCUAA